AGCAUUAACCCACCGUUCGCCUUUUUUUUCCCCCUUCCGCUUCAACGAGGCAUAUCCACAUAGUAUAUCUCGACCUAAACCCCACCAACCAAAUCCUACACGAGGUAAACGAAGGGUUCAACGAACCACCACCAGCAGGCAGCUGCUGGAACAUGUGUUCGCCAUGGGCAAAGGCAAGAAGGUGAUCACCACCAGUUCAUGACACACCGUGCUGCGGUGCUGCUGUGCUCUUCUCACUUUCUCGGUAUACUGGUAGACGACGACGACGCCUACCGGACUAGUGCUGCUCCUUUUGGGUGGGGCAGCGGUGGCUGGCUGGCGCCAAGAAAGUGGAGGGCGCUUGUGACCUGAAGAGCAGUGGCAGCGGCGAGCGACGCGAGGAGAGGAGAGGAGAGGAGGCGAGGCGGGGAGGCAGGAAUCAUUCGGCUGCAAAGCUGCCGUCGCCACCUCGUCGCCACUGUCCCCGCUUUCCGGGGCCGCGUGGGGCCGCGCCUAUCCUGCCAUCCCCGGCGCGCAGUCCACGCACGCAGCGCUGUCGUUGCACCACCACCACCUCCUCCACCACCACGGCACCACCACCACCACCGCGGGCGCAGCAUCGCAUCGCGCCGCACCAGUCCGCAACGCCCGGGCGCGCGCGGUCGUCCUCGGUAGCCAAGAAAGAAGGCGACUUUCUUCUUGGAUUGGUGCUCGCUUUUCUGCUCUUUUUUUUUUUUGGUUUGCCUUCCCUGAGAUGCUUCACCUGCUCCUUAUAUCCACCAUCCCGGCCUUCACGCUGAUGCUCGUCGCGCCCGCCGCCACGCACAAGCACUGCAAGCUCGUGCGGGAACUCGGCCUCGUCGCGCUGCUGCUCGUGCGCGAGCUGCUGCAACACUCCGCCUCCGCCGCGUGGUGUGGCAGAAAGAAGGAGAGGGAGCGGGAGCGAGAGCGCGUGGUGAGGAUAAUGCCGUCGAAGGCGAAGGCGGAGCCCGCAUUGGCGGCGGGGGAGGGGGAGGGGACUGAGCCGAACGCCGCCGCGCUCCCUCUGCUCGACCUGCCGGAGCUGACUCUGGAGCGCGUCCUCGAGGAGCUGGAGCCGGCGUCGCUCGCAGCGAUGGCGUGCGUGUGCGCCGCGCUCAGGGACCGCUGCUCCGCGGACAGCCUGUGGGGCCGCCACGUCGACCGGAAAUGGGGGCGCGUGCUCGGCGCCGCCGCGCGCAAGGAGUGGGAGGCGGAGCUGACCGCGCAGAGGAACGCCGGCGCCCCGUCGCGGCCGGCGAGACGGAGGAGCCUCGCGGACUCGCUUGCCUGCGCGUGGCCCUUCUCGUGGAUCAGCUGCCGCUGGCUCAAGGGAGACGCCGUCGCCGCCGAGCCCGCCCCCGCGCCAUCGUCGCCCCCCUCGCCGCCGGCCGACACGGUGGCCGCCUGGUACCGCGCGGUGGAGUGUGGCGACUUCUGGUUCCCCGCACAGGUGUACAACCGCGAGGACGGGCAUGUCGGGUUCGUGCUCUCGUGCUACGACGCCCACCUCCGCUAUGACAGGCGUACUGACACAUUCACGGCAAGGUACCCGCCACACGGUCGUAAGCCGGCGAAGGAGGAGAGCGGCGUGCAGUGGAGCAGGAUCCGUGCGCCGCCGGUGAGCACGCCGGCGCACGACCUCCACGCCUCCGGCUGCCUCGGCAACCUCCGCCCCGGAGACCACUUCGAGAUCCAGUGGAGGAAGAACAAGGAUUUUCCCUACGGCUGGUGGUAUGGUGUCGUGGGUCACCAGGAGACGUGCAACGCCAACGAUCAUCUGUGUCGCUGCCAUGAGGACGAUAUGGUUGUGCUGGAGUUCAAGCACUACGCGGCCGGCUCGCGGUGGAGGCAGACGACGGUGAGCAGGAAGGAUCACAGGGAGAAAGGCGACGAGACGGACGGGUUCUACGGCGGCAUCAGGAAACUCCAGACCAACGACGAGAUCUCAACGUGGCGAAAAUUCUGGCCGGUCGAUGUCCUCAACUGAUUGCGUCUGGUUUUCUUCGGUUUUUACACAAGAUAUAUGCAUCUGGGCAGAGGGCUGAUCUGCCUGUCCGAUGCAUCCUGGUGGCGUUGGUGUUGUAUAGCCCGUCGAGCUUCAGCGCUGCGUGACCCUGGCUGAACAUUCUACUCUCCUGCUGCUGCUCUGCUCUUCCUGAACUUUUGGUUGCGAGACGAGACUGAGAAUUGAUGGAGAAUUUGUUCCUCGCAGGCCGCAAGCUCCAUUGGAAGCAGCAACUAUAGGUUAUUGAUGAUGAUAAUGUUGUACAGAUUCACCUAGUUUCUUCUCUCUUUUUUUCCCCUUCUUUCCUUUCGUUUCGUCCUGUGAUGCACUGCUGUUGCUGCUGGACUGAAUCCCCAGUUGAUAUGUCGUGUAAGGUGUAUGUAUUCACAAUUCACCUGUGAAUUCACAGUAUAAUAAAUCAUGACCGGCCGGUUCAAGUUUUUCAGAA